ACACUUUCAUCGCGCAGACGUGUAAUAUGUCAUUGCAAAGCUCUAUAUACUUCAACCGAACGUUGAAUUGAACAGCAGAUACUUUCUGGUCUGUUGGCAUUGUUCAAUUUGUAUUUUUAUUAAAUUUUUAAAUAGAAAUGAAAAUAAUUUAGCAAGUCUCAAGUAGCUGUAAUUAGUAAACGUAUAGACAUUUCAAAGUCAUCCAAUGCACUAGUGGGCGUUGUUUUUCGUGAAUUUAAGUGAUUGAUUUUUGUACCAUUGCACACAUUACACUUUAAAAGUGAUAUUCAAUUCAACCACCCAACUAAAAAAAAUCAUCGUUUGAAAGGAAAGUGGAUUGAUUUACCGUACACUCAUUCAUAACAUUGUAUCCAAGGCUCGGUGGAAAAAAGAUUUUUUUUUAUUUUUGUCAUUCGGUUCCACUCAACACAAGAUACUGUCGCAACCAAAGUGAAUUGUGUGUGUUGAAAUUUAUAGUAUUAAUUUAGACAUCUCAUAAUAAAUAGUGUGUGCGGUGUGUAACGUGUGGUUCCAAAAGGAAACUUCAAAAAGACGAUUAAAGUGAAUCUUAUUUUUACCACUUAGUUCAAGCAAUAAAUAGAUCUAUCAGAAAAGAAGAAAAAAUGUCAGUGAAUUUAAGAGCAGUGUAUGCGUUCGCAAGAGAAAUGUACCCGAAGAAUGUCACCACGGAUAUUCAGUAUGGAACAGCCGGUUUUCGGACAAGGAACGACAAAUUGUAUUAUGUAAUGUACCGUAUGGGACUACUGGCAACGUUGCGUUCCCGAGCGAAAGCUGGUCAAACUAUUGGCGUAAUGAUUACGGCUUCGCAUAAUCCAGAACCUGAUAAUGGCGUCAAAUUAGUCGAUCCCAUGGGUGAAAUGUUGGAUCAGAGCUGGGAAAAAUUGGCCACAGACUUAGUCAAUGUAACCGACCAGGAAUUACAGAAUGAAAUUUCGCGAAUUAUUGAGAGCGAGAAAAUUGACAUUGGUUCCGCGUCUUGUGUAUUUGUUGGCAUGGAUAAUCGGUAUCAUAGUCCUGGUUUGCUGAAGGCCGUGGAAGAUGGAGUAUUGACUCUGAAGGGGCGAGUCAAAUCAUUUGGUAUUGUGACUACUCCGAUGUUACAUUACUUUGUUGUAUGCUCGAACACAUGCAAUGCGUACGGUUUAGCUACUGAGGAAGGAUAUUACGACAAAUUGACGACGUCCUUUAAACGAUUAAGGGGAACUGAAUUUGAACGAGGAAACUACAAGAAUCGAUUGAUUUUCGAUGGUGCUAACGGUGUUGGAGCUCGAAAGAUGUUACGAUUUAUAAAAUUCAUGGAUAACAGUCUGGGUAUUGAGGUGUUUAACAAAGGAGAGGGCAAAAUUAACCAUGAAUGUGGGGCUGAUUACGUGAAAGUGCGUCAAGGUUGUCCAAUCGGUCUACCGGAAUUAGAACCAAACACACGCUGUUGUUCGGUUGAUGGCGAUGCUGACAGACUCGUUUAUUUCUUUACCGAUGCCAAUAAUCAAUUCAAUUUACUGGAUGGUGAUAGAAUAGCAACUUUAAUAGCUGGAUAUCUAAUGGAUCUGGUCGGUAAAUGCGGUGUCGAGGUUACUAUUGGAUUGGUGCAAACUGCUUACGCUAAUGGUGCGUCAACUGACUACAUUCAAAACGUUCUUAAAGUACCUGUUGCCACAACGUCUACGGGUGUUAAACACUUGCACCACAAAGCGACUGAAUUCGACGUAGGCAUUUACUUUGAAGCUAACGGUCAUGGUACGGUCGUAUUCAGUAAUAAGGCAAGAAAAUCCAUUCAUGCCGCAUCCAAAAACGUUGACAAUGAUCUCAACGAAGAACAGGUUGCGGCCGCCAGAAAACUGUUACUCACAAUUGAUCUGAUCAAUGAAACGGUUGGUGAUGCCAUAUCGGAUAUGUUGCUGGUGGAAACGAUUCUACAUACAAACGGUUGGGACGUCAAGGAUUGGUUGGCUACAUACACCGACCUUCCAAACAUCCAGCAAAAAAUUUUGGUCACCGAUCGUAAUGUGAUACAAGUGACGGAUGCAGACCGAAAAUGUGUUACACCUGACGGAUUACAAGACGAAAUCGAUCGAUUGGUUGUUAAAUAUCCGAAAGGGCGAUCAUUUGUUCGACCGUCUGGAACCGAGGAUGUUGUACGAAUUUAUGCUGAAGCGGCCACAAGAGAGGACACCGAUAAACUGUCAUUUGAAGUAUCGCUGAUCACAUACAAAAUGGCUGGAGGCAUUGGACCAGAACCGGUGUUGGCACCACUUUCCCAUAUGUAAA